GAAGCACAGUGAGAGAGAGAGAGACAGAGACAGACAGAGAGAGAGAGAGAGAGAGAGAGAGAGAGAGCUGUGUGUUGAUAAACAGCGGCGAGUGCUGAAGGAUAUUAAAAACAAUUGCACAUUGCGCUCGUUGGAAAGUUAUAGCAGGAAUAGCUGAACUCGACAUGCACAGAGCCGAGUGAGUUCAUUACAGACGGGAUAGAGAGAGAGAGAGAGAGAGAGAGAGAGAGAGCUUAGCGAAACACCCUAAAACCCAGACUUUUUUAGGACCAGGACAAAAGUUGAGUCGAGUUUGUAACAGUAAAUGUUGUGACAGUGAACGGGAACUGGAGUGGAUAGACGGGACAGAGGCCGAGCUGAGCUGUCAAACCCGAUGAGUAGUGCAGACUGCAGCGGGAAUGAGGAGCUGGACUUCAGGCUGAUCUUCGGUGAGGACGGACACCAGCAGCCGCUACCGCCACCAGGCCCCCCAGAUCUGGAGCCAGAUGACUCAGCAUCAUUCUACAUCCUAAACGUGGGUCAGCCUCCAGUCCUGGCGAACCAGACCUUUACUGUCCAAAGGCAUGGAGUCCAUCCUCAUUCACACCUCUCCACUUCCCCUUCACUUCAGACCCUCCACAAGCCUUAUGCCUCCAGUUUUGAGCACCAGGACACAAACUACUCUCCCACUGGAGGUGGAGGUGGGCCGCCCAAAGCUUUCGAAUGCCCUAGCAUCCAGAUCACUUCCAUCUCCCCCAGCUGUCAGCAGGAAAUGGAUGGGAAUGAGGCUGAAAUGAGGCCUAAGGGUGCGGAUGGGGACUACCAUGAACGACCGCUGUCUCGGGACCACCUUUAUCUGCCGCUCGAUCACUCGUACCGUGAAACAUCACUUAGCCCAAGCCCCUGCAGCAGCAUUUCUUCGCGCAGUUGGUUCUCUGACGCUUCGUCCUGCGAGUCCAUUCCGCACGUGUAUGACGACGUAGAUUCAGAGCUAAACGAAGCGGCUGCACGCUUUACACUCGGUUCACCUCUUGCUUCACCUCAGGGUGCUCCGUUAGAGGAACAAUGGUCACAGCAACACCAACACCACCCUGCCUACGGUCCUUCCCUUUCUCACCCACACUCACUCUCUCUCUCGCCACGCCAGUCACCAUGCCACUCGCCUCGCACCAGCGUCACAGAUGAAAACUGGCUUAGCCCUCGGCCAAAUUCUCGUCCCUCCUCACGACCCACAUCACCUUGUGGCAAGAGACGCCACUCCAGCGCUGACAUCUGUUGCUCAGGCUCACCCCAUCACUCCCCAGCACCAACACCGGGCCCUUCGCCCAGAGGGAGCGUCACAGAGGACACCUGGAUCGGCAGUCCCUCCAUGGGCAUGGUGCCACCCUUUCAGUGUUGCCCACCGGACCCAGACAUCCCCUCAAAAACCAGGAGGACUUCUCAGGACUGCACGGCUGCAACACAGUCUAGUAAAGGCGACAUCGGCCUGGAUGAAUCUGGAAAUGUCUCGCCGCUUUUGGAUUCCCCCAGUGAAGAUAACGUGCAUGGACUGAAAAAGGAUGGAGCUGGAGAGCAGUUUCUUUCUGUGCCCUCUCACUUCACUUGGAACAAACCCAAACCAGGACACACACCUAUAUUCAGGACGUCCUCCCUGCCCCCUCUGGACUGGCCUUUGCCGCAUCAGUACGGUCAGUUUGAGCUCAAGAUUGAAGUGCAUCCUAAAGCUCACCAUCGAGCUCACUACGAAACAGAGGGCAGUCGAGGAGCCGUCAAAGCAGCCUCUGGUGGGCACCCCGUCGUCAAGCUCAUCGGCUACAAUGAGAAGCCUGUGAACCUGCAGAUGUUCAUCGGGACAGCAGACGACCGCUAUUUAAGACCACAUGCGUUUUACCAGGUUCACCGCAUCACAGGCAAAACGGUGGCUACAGCCAGCCAGGAAAUAAUAAUCACCAGCACCAAGGUUCUUGAAAUUCCACUGCUUCCUGAAAACAACAUGUCUGCCAGUAUUGAUUGUGCUGGGAUUCUAAAGUUAAGAAACUCAGAUAUCGAACUAAGGAAAGGAGAGACGGACAUCGGGAGGAAAAAUACUCGUGUGCGAGUGGUUUUUCGAGUUCACAUCCCACAGCCUAAUGGAAAAGUUCUCUCUUUACAAGCUGCCUCGAUCCCUGUGGAGUGUUCCCAACGCUCAGCACAUGAGUUACCACAGGUUGAGAAGGUCAGUUUGAGCAGUUGCCUAGUGAGUGGAGGAGAGGAAAUGGUCAUCACAGGUUCCAACUUCUUUCCUGAAUCAAAGGUGAUAUUCUUGGAGAAAGGUCCUGAUGGACGACCGCAGUGGGAAGUGGAGGCAAAGACUGUUCGUGAGAAGUGUCAAGGAUCAAGUAUUGUAGUGGAAGUACCACCGUACCACAGCAAGACCAUCACCUCUGCAGUGCAAGUACAGUUAUACGUGUGCAACGGCAAACGGAAAAGAAGCCAAUCACAACGAUUUACGUACCUGUCAGUUCUGGUUAAGCAGGAGCACAGAGAUGAUUUGGACCCUGCUGUUCAGCCUUCAAUGCCCAUGCCGCUUGCACAAACUGCAAGUUUGGUCUGUUCUCCUACUUUACCAUCUCCGGACCAUUCGCACUCACAAGAUGGUCUUUUGCCUGGCUCCCCAUGUGGUCUGGCACCCUCCCUGCACCCACUACAGGCAUCCUGUGCCCCUUUUGGCUCACCAGCAUUUAGUUUGCCUCAACUACAGGCUCGUGGCCUUCACCCACCUGCUGAAUGCCAGAUGCCUUUUCACCCAGGUACUGUGCCCUCAUCCAGGCCAUCUUACACCCCUCUUCAGCCUAACUUACCCUUCAAUGGCCAGCACAGUCUGCCUGGUGCUGUCCCCCAACCUUAUGAGUGCAUGCCUUUUCAGCCUGAACCUGCCAGGUGUCACCCUCUUGGAAUGAACAUAGUAUAUGGCCCACCUGUUACGGCACCCACCUCAGGAACAGUUCCCUCAAGCCCCAUUCACACUCCACCUCACCUCCAUGGUCUGGGUUACCACUGUGCCACUCCGGGCCAGGUACCCUCGCCCACACACUCGCUCGUGCAACCUAGCAUGCAGCUCCAGCACCCGCUCGGCUACCACCCAGCUGGACAGCGCUCAGCAUCAUGUCCAACGCCCUCUAGCAUCCCUGCUCGCAUUGUGCCCUUGCCCAAUUCAGGCCCUUCUUCUCCCCAGUUGCACUCACUGCCCUACCAGUCGCCCACUUCAUCCUCUCCCUCCAAUAGCCCACUGGGUGCCCAGCUCUCGCCCCAGGCGAGCAGUCCUGUCCUGGCUGGGCUGCCAGCUGCAAGUCCUCUGGUGCAUCCCCUGGCACAGCAACAAGGCCCCUUUAGUGGCAAUGGAGAAAGGCUUAACAUCAAGCAAGAACCUGAGGACAGAGAGCUGACGUUCCGGUCUAUCGGCCUGCAGGAUAUUACACUGGAUGAUGUGAACGAGAUCAUCGGCAGAGACAUGUCUCAGGCUCCAGGGAUUCACGCCACCUCCAGCACCCAUGGUCAAUCGUAGCAUAGUGCCGCCUGCUCUCAUUUAGCCAGCAGAACAUCCACGAGUUCCAGUGAGCUCUGAACUCAGAAGGAUGUAGACACAGCGCUUCCAUCCAUUUCACACCAAUUCGGACCCAGCGAAGAUAUGAAGAUGCCGAAAUCCGGUCUACCAGGCAUCACACAUCAUUUAUAAGUGUUCAUAUUGAAGAGUUUGAAGAAGACAAUGAGAGAUCAGACACAAACAGUUUGGCUGCUGUGUUGCAAAUAUUUUUUUUCUUCGUGGCUUUUAAAAGUAGUUCUCAGGCUUUUCAGAUAAACAGUCAAAUAAAAAGUGUAAGCUAUGCAGCCCAGGAUCUCAAUAAUAUGCAUAUGCAAUACAAAGCCACACAAAUCGUAGCUUAUAUGUGUGGAUGCUCAGCUCUGGGUCAGGUUGGAUGGAGUAAUAAGAUUUAAAAUUAACUGAUUCAUUUUUUUUCUUGAUGGUUUCAGCAGAGCCCCCUGGAGGAGAAGCUGCUGAUCUUAUGCAACAUUCCACACUCUUCUAGUGUCCUUUUUUCAAGCUGUAGAUAACCUUGAAUGAUUGAAUGACCGUUUUUUUUCAGGUUGAACAAAUGCCUUAUAAGCAUAGCAGCGUGAAUUGACUGAAAAACAGCUUUGAGAUGCUUAUUGUUUCUUAAAACCCUUUUUAUUUAACAAAUCUGAAUUUUGUGCUGACUACAAGUCAGUUUUUUUUGAAUAAUGUUAGAUGUUCUAGAGCAGUGGUUCUUAAUUACAGGGCUCUGGCUCACUCCAAGUGUUUGAAGAGCUUUCAGAGAUGGCACAUAAUGUUCUAUUUCAGGGUUAAAAUUGGCAUGUAAUCGACAUUGUGUUGUGGCGACUGAUUGAUGGAGUUGGUAUAGUGAGUGUCACACAGCAACUUUGGUCCUGAGGACCAGAGAAAAUUGGCCUUAGGUGUAAAUGUGUGUUGUCCUGCUGUCCAUAGUGUAUUACUGCUGUGUGGUCACUGCUUCCAGGUAAUGCAGUUAGACCACAAAAAUGAAUUAUAUCUUAGAAAGUGUGGACAGACUCUUACAGACACACUUCAAAAUUCUGUGGAAAGCCUUUUCAGAAAAUUGGCAGCUCUUAUAGCCACAUAUGGUCUUAAUGCCUGUGGUUUUAAAAUGGAAUUUAUAACAGGUUCAUGAUCAGGUGUCCACAUUCUUUAGGCCUUUUGUAAAACAGUAAAUUAAGCAAUACCAGUUCAUCCUUCAGUUUGGUGUAAUAUAUCACAUGUUCUAAUAAACAUUCUAAAAUAAACAUAUUUACCAUUCAGUGUAGAGGUUCAAGCUUAAGGGUUGCCACCAUCUGUUUAAAUAUACAAAUAUAAAUUAGUGUUAAUAAUAAUAAUAAAUAUGAAUUAUUGAUUACUAAUCACUUACUGAUUACUUCCUUACUUGGCUCUAAUCACAACAGAAAGCUUCACCAAACACUGCAUUUGUACCAAAAGCUGAUUGAUGAUUUUUACAAAAAUGUUAUUAUUGUUCUUACCAGUUAUUAAUCAUAAUAAGUUAUUAAUGUUGUAUUUUUAACAAUUUUACUCUGUGUUAGGGGGUAAAAGUGGUUAGUUUAAGAACCACUGCUCUAUUACGCAGCAUAGUUGUUUAGCUUCUCUUUUAGCAAAUUGCAACUUCUGUGUGCCUUCACAAUGACAAUCAUGCUUUAAUCUAUGACAAGCCAUCCAGAGAGAAUUUCAGCUUGAUUUUAAAAGUGGCCAUAUUGAUGUAAACGAAAAAACUUCAUUUUGACAAUCAAAUAAAUUCUGCAGGACAUAAAGUUGCUUUUUUAUCCCAAAUUAACGAAGGUAAAAUUGCACCAACUUUUUUUGUUUGUUUUAAAGUGUGAUGCCCUUUUAUUUUAAUAGUUCUAAACUGAACAUUAUACUUUUUUCUCAAAAACAAUGAAAUCAGUGUUUUAAAUAUAUGUAAACAUUAUUGGGCAAGGAUAUAUGUGAUACAUUUGCACAGAAGCUGGUCUCGAGGAAUUGAUUCAAAAUGAACACUGGGUGCUAUCUUUCUGUGAGAAAUGUUUUUUUUAGCAUAGGUGUGUACCUAGGGUGUGAUAGAACUAAAUCUGUGAAAAAUUUUAUUGAAUCCUUGCCUUAAAAAUACAUUGAACGUAAUAACUACUUUGUGUAUUUUUCUAUUUUAAGGAAACUGGUACAGCCACUUGGAUUUUUGUUUUGGGUCUUUGAGACUUGGAGGUAUUAAUGUCUAUUGUGUGAAAAAAGACAAAAAGAGGAAAAUCUAUGCUAUGCACUAUAUAACCUGCCUGUUGCCUUUUAUAAAAUAUACUACUAAAAGGAAACCUUGAUGCCUGUAGACAUAGACGCUGUAGAGAAGCUUAGCUGUAGAUUAGUAUGCCAACCAUCUUUCUCCAGUCAGAGCUGUGUGUGUGUGUGUACCCGUCUUUAAAAGUGUGUCUGCAUGGUUGUUUUGUAUUUGUAUGUUAAGUUUGUAUGUUUAUUUGCAGUUGCGAGUACGCACACGGGUGAAUACAGAAACAGCUGAUUUUUGUUGUUCAGCUGUACAAACGUGUGUGUGUGUGUGUGUGUGUGUGUGUGUGUGUAGUCCAACCAUAGUGACCCUUCAGUGUCACUUUGAUUAUUUAAUUUAAACUAUCAAACAAACAGUAGGGGCGCCUUAACUUGUGUUUGAUAAACAGAUGUGUUUGAAUGUUUGGGUUUAAUUCUUCGACAAUAGGAGUGCAAAAUGGAAAGCAGGACAUUUUGAGACUGAAACCAGCGCUUUUUGAAGCACCUGCUCUUGUCUUUUUUUUUCUUUUCCCAAACCAAAGACCGAACAAUGUGUUCCUAUUUUACACACAGAUGACAACACAGACUCUACAACUCUAUUUUUGAUACUUUGAAGAAGAUGGAUGUCAUUCCGAAAGCUAGGGGAAUAUAUAAAUUCUAUAUAUUCUAUAACAUUUUGUAAAAUAAAAGGGAAAUACAGGUUUUGCUGCUGUUUACAGAGCCUUGCAUUGUCAUUUCUUGUAUAUUUUGUAUUUUAAAACUUUUUGUAAUUUUUAAGACUGCAGUGCUUUUUGAAAUUAUCCAAAGGGAAUACCUUGCAUCGUAGGUUCAUCUGAUGUAGUGUAUCGAUAAAUAAAAAACAAAAUUACAAUCA